GAUCAGUUUGAUGAUGAACAUUCGUUUUGGAGGAAGGAGAUUAAUCCAGAGGUGGAUUAAUAAGGAGUAAAUUUACCAAUGAAUGAGGUUGUGUGCCAGAGAAAUGGUUUCUUCUAAAAAAAAAAAAAUUUGAGGGUUGUUAGAAUUGAUAUGUAAUUGUUUGAUUUAUAAUCAAGUUGUUCUAAGAAAAUGUUCGUGAAACAUUUAGGACGGUAAAUUAGAAAUAAUUUGCAAUGUAAGUGCAACUAAUGGAGUUUUUUUUAAGCUAAUCAGAAUUAACAGCCACAUUUACAGUUACAGUGGGUGUAACUAUUUUAUGGUUACAAUAUUACAACAUAGGGUCUCACCACAACCACGUCACAUAUAAUUGAGUGUUAUAACUAAAAUUUGCUCAUGGUGUCGCUAUGCACCAACCUUAGCUAGUAGUAAACCCCGAGUAUGACCUGCCAGCGAUGAGUCUUCGCCGCAUUCGACCAGUAAGCAUUCAUAGCCUACUGUUGUGUUAUUUCAAUUGUUCACCGUGUUUUUCUUCAUGACAUAUGAGGAAUUUUCAAAACACGGUGGGCUACUUCCUUCAAACGAUGGCAAUCCAUCGAGUUGAAAUGGAUUAUCGUGUCCUUUUCUUUUUUGUUCUCGUCCUGCACUCCGUCUAUGGAGACGUGAGCUAUUCUAUUCCAGAGGAGAUGAAACGCGGAUCAGUGAUUGGGAACAUAGCGAAGGAUCUUGGACUUAACUUCAGACUCUCUGAUCGCAAGGCUCGCAUUGACACCGAAGAUGACAACGAUCAGUAUUGCAAUAUAGAUCUAAAUACUGGAGAUUUGCUUGUAGCUGAGAGAAUAGACCGAGAGACUCUUUGUGCAAAGAAACCAUCGUGCGUCGUGCAACAAGAACUUGUACUGGAAAACCCUUUGGAACUACACCGUAUUACAAUCCGUGUUAACGAUAUAAAUGACAACGCACCGCAUUUUAAGGAGGAUCUACAAAAAAUGGAAAUAAGUGAAUCUGCAGACAAAGGGGCGCGUUUCCCUCUUGACGAAGCGCACGACGCGGACAUUGCAGAUAAUGCCGUUCAGGGCUAUACACUUGAAAAAAACGAUCACUUUAUAUUAAAUGUUAAGACGAAGGGUAAUGGACGGAAAUAUGGCGAACUAGUCCUAAACAAAGAGUUAGACAGAGAAGACAAACACGAGAUUACGCUUUCGCUUACCGCAGCAGACGGUGGAUCUCCUCAGAGAUCAGGUACUGUAGUUAUACAUAUCAUUGUGCUAGAUGCUAAUGAUAACGCCCCAGUGUUUAGCCAGGCCGUUUAUCAAGCCAGCGUACCUGAAAACUCUCCGGUAGAUAGUCUCGUGAUUACUGUAAGUGCUUCUGAUGCGGACGAGGGUAUCAACGGUGAGAUCGUUUAUGGCUUUGAUCAUAUUUCAGACGAAAAAAGCAAUAUGUUUUCGCUCAAUACAACCACUGGAGAAAUUAGAGUGGCUGGAUCUAUCGAUUUUGAAAAAGAGUCUUCAUAUGAACUCCAGAUUAGUGCAAAGGACGGUCUCGGUUUGGGGUCCUAUGCAACAUUAAUAAUUGAUAUUAUGGAUGUAAACGACAACGCUCCAGUAAUAAACCAGAAGUCACUGUCUAAUCCAGUGCCGGAAAACGUCUCACCUGGAACAGAGGUUGGCAUCAUAAACGUACAAGACAGAGAUUCUCAGGAUAACCGUCAGGUCCGCUGUUUUAUCCGGGAAAAUGUUCCUUUUAAAUUGAUCCCAUCCAUUAAGAACUACUAUUCUCUAGUAACAGCAAGUGGUCUGGACCGUGAACUAGUGUCUGAUUAUAAUAUCACCAUUAUGGCAACAGACGAAGGAUCUCCCCCUUUGACCUCCUUUAAAAUCAUUCAGCUAACAGUAGCCGAUGUCAACGACAACCCGCCUCUGUUUGAUGAAGCGUCCUACAGCGCCUAUGUUGCUGAAAACAUCCAACCAGGCUCGACUCUGUGUUCAGUGACCGCAAGAGACCCAGACUGGAGACAAAAUGGCACCGUGGUGUAUUCUCUUUUACCCAGUGAAGUCAACAGUUCCCCGGUGUCCCUGUAUGUAUCUGUAAACGGAGACACAGGGGUCAUCCAGGCCUUGAAGUCUUUGGAUUAUGAACUAUUCAGGAGCUUUAAAUUCCAGGUGAUGGCUAGAGACAACGGUUCUCCUCCACUCAGCAGCAACGUGACGGUCAGUGUCUACAUAACGGAUGUGAACGACAACACUCCUCAGAUACUUUACCCCACGUCUGAAGGAAAUGCUUUUAAGACCGAGCUGGUCCCCAAGGCGACACACGGAGGUUCUCUAGUCUCCAAGGUGAUUGCAGUGGAUGGAGACGCUGGACAGAACGCCUGGCUGUCCUAUCGUAUCAUUCAGUCCACUGACCCGGGGCUCUUUACUAUCGGUCUUCACAGUGGAGAGAUCAGGACCCAGAGGGACAUUUCAGAAAGCGACAGCAUGAAACAGAACCUCGUUGUCUCUGUGAACGAUAACGGGCCAACACCGCUCUCCGCCACAUGUGUGGUGUAUUUCCUUAUUUCUGACGACUUGGCAGAAGUGGCAGAGUUUAACCAUCACACAGAGGAGAGUGAUUCUACCGUGACAUUUUAUCUGAUUAUUGCGCUGGUGUGCGUCUCCACCUUUUUCCUGACCUUCUUGGUUCUCAUCCUGAGUGUGAGGUUCUGUCGCAGCAGAAAGCCCAGACUGUUGUUUGAUGGAGCCGUCGCUAUCCCCAGCGCUUAUCUGCCCCCUCAUUACGCCGAGGUGGACGGCAUGGCCACCCUGCGCAGCGCCUACAACUAUGACGGCUACUUAACCACGGGCUCUAGAACCAGCGACUUUAAGUUCGCCACGUCUUACAAUGACAACACGCUGCCUGCCGACCAGACCCUGAGAAAAAGUCCAACAGACUUUGCUGAGAUAUUUGGUGACUCUGAGGGAUCGCCUGAGGUAAGCGUGACAGGGACCCCUCCUCUAAUCUAGCUGUGGAAGUUUGUUUCACAUGGUUUGAUUCCCCAAGCAUAAUGUUGAGCACAUUGUCUAUGUUGUUGACUACCACAUUGUGCCUCGGUUGAAGGGAGAAAUGUACUUGAGGUUUUUUUUAUGUAUUCAAGUAUGUUCUUAUUGAGUUAAGUUGUAAUGGGCAAUGCUUCAAGUUACUUAAUUUUGUUCUAUAUCCAUAUCUCUAUCCAGCAGAUUGAACAAGGGAUUUCAUAUAUUAAAAGCUAUGAGACUUGGCAUUGUGCAGACUUGUUAACGUGUUGUUAUCGUGCCUUCAUAGCUAGUUGUUAUCGUGCCUUCAUGGCAAGUAGUAGAGAUCAAACCACCAGGAGUAGAGGUUUGAUGGUAUUAAAGAGUCUUCUAAAGUAUUCCACCCCUUUGUGUUCAGGAUUUU